UUUUGAGUGAUAUAUAAAGGACAGUCUGCUACUGCUUAUAAAGUUGUCUUUCACUAUUUCUUCGCUCUCUGCAACUUUUCAUCCUCUUUCUUUUUUCCUCUGCUAGCUUUGAAGAUGGUCAGCGCCCAUACAGCGCGGAAUAUUGUAGGGAUCAUAGGGAAUGUUAUUUCAUUUGGCCUGUUUAUUUCUCCGGUACCCACAUUCUAUAGAAUCAUAAAGAAGAAGGAUGUGGAAGAGUUCAAGCCAGAUCCAUAUAUUGCAACAGUACUGAACUGCCUUUUUUGGGUGUUCUAUGGUAUGCCUUUUGUUCAUCCUGAUAGCCUUCUUGUGCUCACCAUCAAUGCUGUUGGGCUGGUUCUCGAACUCAUUUACUUAUCCAUUUUUUUUGCUUACGCACCCAAUAAAGGCCGGAAAAAGGUAGCGUUGUGGCUUGGCAUUGAAUUUACAUUUUAUGCCAUCAUUGUUCUGAUAACGCUUUUGACAUUGCACGGAUCUAAAAAGAGAUCUCUCAUGGUUGGGAUUAUUUGUGAUGUCUUCAAUAUCAUAAUGUAUGCUUCUCCACUUACUGUCAUGGCAAAAGUUAUCAAAACAAAGAGUGUAGAAUACAUGCCGUUUUAUCUUUCAUUGGCAAACUUCCUGAAUGGUUCCGUCUGGACAGCUUAUGCCCUUAUAAAGUUUGAUAUCUAUGUCUUGGUAAGCAAUGGUUUAGGUGCAAUAUCGGGUGCAAUACAACUAUUACUAUAUGCAUGGUACUACAGAGCAACUCCAAAGGUUGACAAAGAUGGUGUUGCAAAGCCUACUGUGCAGCUGUCUACCACAAAUAAUGCUACACCUGCAGUCUGAUCGAUUUUUAUGGCACCCCAAGUUCAGAAUUCCAGGUCUUUUCACCGUUUUACGCUGCGAUACAAUAAACUUUUACAUUUCAGAGUGUAAUGUAUAGAUGGAGUUUUUUAUGGAGAUUUUCAAGUAUUGGAACUCUUAAAUACAAGUGACAUACUAGCUAGCUAGUUAAGGUUGACAUUCAAACUCACUAACUAUAGCAUAAAUUUUCAAUGUUGUUUUGACA